UAUAGAGAUGCGUUGGUGGGGGAGGUUAGGGGAUGGAUGAGGGUUUACCACUUCAAAGGUAGCAGUUGGAGCAUUUCCCUAUUGGCGUUGCCGUUCCGCAGUCUACAAGUAUCUCCUCCGCCGCCUCCACCUUCGUCUCCGCCUUAUCGCUUCUUGGCGGUCGCCGAGCCGCUCCGGAGCUUUGCGCGUUUCCUGUCAGCUCAUUUCCAUAGUAGCAGCACUGAUUCAAUACAAGCAUCAGCAUCAUUAUCUCCGCCCUUCAUGGGGUCUCAGCCGACUGAGUGCGAGUGGCCGGCCACCCGGGUUAGAGAAACCUUCAUCAAGUUCUUCCAGGAUAAAGCCCAUGUUAAUUGGAAAUCAAGUCCCGUUGUUCCUUAUAAUGAUCCCACUCUUCUCUUUGCCAAUGCUGGUAUGAACCAGUUCAAACCCAUCUUCUUGGGCACUGCUGAUCCGAACACUGAGCUGAGCAAACUCAGACGUGCUUGCAACACUCAGAAGUGUAUUCGUGCUGGUGGCAAACACAACGAUCUUGAUGAUGUGGGCAAGGACACUUACCAUCACACCUUCUUUGAGAUGCUUGGGAAUUGGUCUUUUGGGGAUUAUUUCAAGAAUGAGGCCAUUCAAUGGGCAUGGGAGCUUCUUACUGAGGUCUACAAAUUGCCAAGCGAUCGGAUUUAUGCCACCUAUUUUGGUGGUGAUGAGAAACUUGGCAAUCGCGUCUUGCCUUUUGGCUGUAAAGACAAUUUUUGGGAGAUGGGAGAUACUGGACCUUGUGGACCCUGCACUGAAAUUCAUUUUGAUAGAAUUGGUGGUCGUGAUGUUGCAUCCCGUGUGAACAAUGAUGAUCCUACAGUGAUCGAGAUAUGGAAUCUUGUGUUUAUCCAGUUUAACAGGGAAUCCGAUGGCUCAUUAAAAUCUCUACCUGCAAAGCAUGUCGACACUGGAAUGGGUUUUGAGAGAUUAACUUCUAUUCUUCAGAAUAAGAUGAGCAAUUAUGAUACUGAUGUAUUCAUGCCCAUAUUCGAGGCAAUACAACUGGCAACUAAAGCCCGGCCAUACUCAGGCAAAGUUGGAUCUGACGACGUGGACAAAGUUGACAUGGCUUACAGGGUUGUAGCUGACCACAUUAGAACAAUUUCAUUUGCGAUUGCUGAUGGUUCUUGCCCAGGUAAUGAGGGGCGUGAGUAUGUGUUGAGGCGCAUUCUUCGCCGGGCUGUGAGAUAUGGUACUGAAGUCCUAAAGGCACCGCAAGGCUUCUUCAGUGGGCUGGUAGAAGUUGUGGUGGAGGUCAUGGGUGAUGUUUUUCCUGAGCUAAAAGAACAUGAUGUAAAGAUCAGGGAGAUUAUUGCUGAUGAAGAGGCCAGCUUUGGCAGGACAUUGACUAAAGGAAUUGAGAAAUUCAAGAAGGCUGCUCAAGAGGUCCAAGGGGGGAUUCUUAGUGGACAGGAUGCAUUUGAAUUGUGGGACACCUAUGGAUUUCCUUUGGAUCUAACUCAGCUGAUGGCGGAAGAAAGAGGCUUGUCUGUUGAUGUUGAAGGCUUCAACGUAGCAAUGGAUAAAGCCAGGGAAAGAUCAAGGAAUGCUCAGAAUAAGCAAGCUGGUGGUACUAUUGGCAUGGAUGCUGAUGCUACAGCCUCAUUGCACAAGAAAGGGGUUGCUGCCACAGAUGACUCCUUCAAAUUUACUUGGUUUCAGGAUCAUACAAGCGUGAUAAAAGCUGUUUACACAGGAAGCGAAUUCCUCGAAAGUCUUGCUCCCGGUGAAGAAGUUGGCAUAAUCCUUGAAACUACUAGCUUUUAUGCCGAGCAAGGUGGUCAGAUAUAUGACACUGGAUCUAUUGAAGGCCGCUAUGGAGUUUUUGAAGUGAGUAAUGUUCAGAUCUAUGGUGGAUUUGUUCUCCAUAUUGGUUCUUUUACUGGAAAGACUGGCAGACUGUUUGUUGGCGAUAAAGUGAUUUGUAAGGUCGACUAUGAUAGACGGAAGCUGAUUGCUCCUAAUCAUACCUGCACACACAUGUUAAAUUUUGCUCUAAGGGAGGUCCUUGGUAAUCAUGUUGACCAGAAAGGUUCCAUUGUUCUUCCUGAAAAAUUGAGAUAUGACUUUUCUCAUGGGAAGCCUGUCAAGCCUGAGGAGCUAAGGAAAAUUGAAUCAAUUGUAAAUGAACAAAUUCGGGCGGAACUGGAUGUCUUCUCAAAGGAGACCAGGCUGGGUGAUGCAAAGCGUAUCAAUGGUCUAAGAGCUGUUUUCGGGGAGGUAUAUCCUGACCCUGUUCGGGUUGUGUCAAUCGGUCGCAAAGUGGAGGAUUUACUUGAAGAUCCUGAAAAUGAAGAAUGGCUAUCAAUCUCUGCUGAGCUCUGUGGGGGAACACAUAUCUCAAAUACAAGGGAAGCCAAAGCCUUUGCGCUCUUGUCAGAGGAAGGAAUUGCUAAAGGGAUCCGUAGAGUUACUGCAGUGACGACGGAUUGUGCUUUCAAAGCCUUGGACCUGGCCUCCUUACUUGAGCAAGAAGUAAAUGAAGCAUCUAAUGCUGAAGGAAGCGUUCUUGAGCAGAAAGUUACUUCUUUAAAUAGUCGUAUUGAAGGAGCAGCUAUCCCUUCUGCAAAGAAAGCCGAUCUGAAGGCCAAAAUCUCUGUGCUUCAGAGCCAAGUGAUAAAAGCCAAAAAGAAGAUUGCUGAAGAGCAUAUGAAGAAAGCUACAGAAGUUGCUCUCCAAAUGGCCGAAGGUGCUUCCUCAAAUGGAAAGGCUUACUGUAUUUCACUUGUUGAUGUUGGUGGAGAUACUGCUGCCAUCCGGGAGGCAGUUGUCAAAGUCAUGGAGCAGAAGGGGAUGGCAGUUAUGGUCAUUAGCAAAGAUGACCAAGUGAACAAGGCUUUUAUAUGUGCUGGUGUACCAGAGAAAGAUGGCAAGUACAAGCAACUAAAUGUAACAGAAUGGUUGAAAAAAGUUCUGGAGUUGAUUAGUGGAAAGGGUGGUGGAGGAAAAGGGGGUCUUGCUCAGGGCCAGGGAAGUGAUGUGUCUCGUGUUGAAGCUGCAAUGGAAGUAGCUGAAUCCUUUGCAGCAAUGAAGUUGACUUGAUGGAAAGGAUCGAUGAAUCGGAUGAAAUAUUGGUGUCCAUGAAGUAAUUUAUUUCUAUUUAUAUGAAAUUCUAUCAAUGAAUUGACUGUGGUAUGCUUAAAUGAAAUUUCUCAGAACAUAGGAGGAAAUUUACAUGAAAGAGACGGAUCAUAGCAAGAUGACCAUUUCAAUUGCCAUUUUCUUGUUUAAUCCUUUGUAUACGCAGUAAUGCUAUCAAUCUCAACAGCUGAACUAAUGUAAAUGGAUAUUAUUGUGAUCAGACAUGGUUGCCUUUGAGAUC